CUGAGGCUAUGCCUGGGCAGCUGACUCAAAGAAGCUGCAUGCUGAAGUGUAACAGAGAGGAAACUAUAAAUCUCAGCUACUAUGCAAUAAAUUCCUCCAUCUUCAGCUUAGGAAACCCUCAGUUAUCAUGAAAUAGAUUUUUUCUUUCUUUAAAAAACCUGGUUAUUAUCUUCUUUUCUUUAUGCCACUUCAUUCCCCUAAAGAGACCUUUAAAGACAAAGAAAAAUAAAACACAAGAAGGAAAGGAGUAAAAGUGUUUCUGUGAGUGCAUACAGGAGAAAAAAGAGGACUAGUAACAUGACCAUUUUUCUUGAGUUUGCUUUCCUUGCUGCUCUUCUGACUCACAUAGGCUGCAGUAACCAACGGCGUGCUCCAGAGUCCAGUGCAAGAAGGUAUAACCGGAUUCAGCACGGGCAAUGCACCUACACAUUCAUCCUUCCAGAACAGGAUGGGAACUGUCGUGAAAGCACCACUGAUCAAUAUAACACCAAUGCUCUCCAGAGGGAUGCUCCUCACAUGGAGCAGGAUUUCUCUUCCCAGAAACUGCAACGUCUGGAGCAUGUCAUGGAAAAUUACACUCAGUGGCUGCAAAAGCUUGAGAAUUACAUUGUGGAAAACAUGAAAUCAGAGAUGGCUCAGAUGCAGCAGAAUGCUGUCCAAAACCAUACAGCCACCAUGUUGGAAAUAGGAACCAGCCUUCUCAGCCAGACUGCAGAACAGACAAGAAAGCUCACAGAUGUUGAAACACAGGUGCUAAAUCAGACAUCUCGACUAGAAAUUCAGUUACUGGAAAAUUCACUGUCUACUUACAAGUUGGAGAAACAACUGUUGCAACAAACACAUGAAAUCCUGAAAAUCCAUGAGAAAAACAGUCUAUUGGAACACAAAAUCCUUGAAAUGGAAGAAAGGCAUAAAGGGGAGCUGGAUACUUUGAAGGAGGAAAAAGAAAGCCUGCAAGGCUUGGUUUCACGUCAAACAUACAUCAUCCAGGAAUUGGAAAGGCAGCUGACUAAAGCAACUACCAAUAACAGCAUCCUACAGAAACAGCAACUGGAGCUAAUGGACACCGUACACAGCUUAGUUAGCAUGUGUUCUAAAGAAGGAGUUGUGCUAAAGAAUCCCAAAAGAGAAGAUGACAAGCCAUUCAGAGACUGUGCUGAUGUAUAUCAAGCUGGUUUCAAUAAAAGCGGUGUCUACACUAUUUAUGUGAAUAACAUAUCAGAACCUAAAAAGGUUUUUUGUAAUAUGGAAAUCACAGGAGGAGGUUGGACAGUUAUACAACACCGCGAAGAUGGAAGCCUAGAUUUUCAAAAAACCUGGAGAGAAUACAAAAUGGGUUUCGGUAGUCCUUCUGGUGAAUAUUGGCUGGGGAAUGAGUUUAUCUUUGCAAUAACCACCAGUCAAAGACACUAUUCUCUAAGAAUUGAACUAAUGGACUGGGAAGGAAAUCGGGCUUAUUCACAAUACGACAGAUUUUAUAUAGGAGGUGAAAAGCAGAAUUACAGGCUCUAUCUAAAGGGUCAUUCAGGAACAGCAGGAAAACAGAGCAGCCAUACCCAUGGGGCUGAUUUUAGUACCAAAGAUGCUGACAAUGACAACUGUAUGUGUAAAUGUGGCCCUCAUGCUAACGGGAGGUUCAUUAAAUUAAAAAAUGGCUUGAAUGCACUCUUGAUCUCUGACUUGACUAUAGAUGAGUGCAAUUCUUCAUCAGAUGAGGAAUCUGAUCGAAUGUCUUCUGGAAAUGAAACAGAUGAUGGAGAAAACCAUAUUGCAGAUAAAGAUAGCAGCAUUGAAGAAGAUGAGGGAAAAGAUGGGAACAUACAAUUUGGAAACAAAUCUGGAGGGGGAGAAGUUGGUAGUGAUAAAACUGUUGAUGAUUUUGGUGGAGAAAUUGUUGAAGAUGGUGAUGUUCACAAUCAUCAGAGAAUGACAAAGGAACAUGAGGGCCGUGAUAUAUAUGAAAAACUAGUGAAACAAGAAGAUGAAAAUAAGAUGGGGAGUACAGAAAAGCAGUCUGCAGCUGCCCUUGUUGUUUGCAUUGGCAGUUUCUGUGACCCGGAUGAUUUACCUGGACUGGCUCAUUUUUUGGAACAUAUGGUAUUUAUGGGUAGCCAAAAGUACCCAGAUGAAAAUGGAUUUGAUACAUUCCUCAAGAAGCAUGGGGGCUCAGACAAUGCUUCAACGGAUACAGAACGUACGAUCUUCCAAUUUGAUAUCCAAAAGAAAUAUUUUAAAGAAGCCCUCGACAGAUGGGCACAGUUUUUCAUUCAUCCUCUGAUGAUUAAAGAUGCAAUUCAACGGGAAGUUGAAGCUGUAGAUAGUGAAUAUCAAAUAGCAAGGCCCUCUGAUGCAAACAGAAGGGAAGUGUUGAUUGGAAGCCUUGCAAAACCAGGACAUCCUAUAGGGAAAUUCUUUUGGGGUAAUGCAGAAACACUUAAACAUAUACCAAAAAAGAAAAACAUUGACACAUACGCAAGGCUGCAGGAUUUCAGGAAACGUUACUAUUCAGCCCACUACAUGAAUCUUGUUGUCCAGUCAAGAGAGACUCUGGAUACUCUGGAAAAAUGGGUGACUGAAAUCUUCUCCCAAAUCCCAAAUAAUGGAUUAGCCAAACCAACCUUCAGUCACCUCAGUAAGCCAUUUGACACACCUGAAUUCAACAGGCUUUAUAGAGUUAUUCCAAUGAAAGAAGUACAUUCAUUAAGCAUCUCUUGGGCUCUACCCCCACAAGAAAAGAAUUAUAGGGUGAAGCCUCUUCAUUACAUCUCUUGGCUGAUAGGGCAUGAAGGACAAGGCAGUGUGCUUUCCCUACUCAGAAAAAAGUUUUGGGCUCUUGCAUUAUUUGGAGGUAAUGGUGAAACAGGAUUUGAACAAAAUUCUACCUAUUCCAUCUUCAGCAUUUCUGUGACUUUGACAGAUGAAGGUUUGGAACAUUUCUAUGAGGUUAUUCAUUUAAUAUUCCAAUAUUUGAAGAUGCUACAAAAAAAUGGUCCUGAAAAAAGAAUAUGGGAAGAAAUUCAGAAGAUUGAAGGCAAUGAAUUUUGCUUCCAGGAACAGGCUGACCCCCUUGAAUAUGUAGAAAAUAUCUGUGAGUAUAUGCACAUCUAUCAGAAGGAGGACCUACUAAUAGGAGAUCAGCUACUGACUGAGUAUAGCCCUGAAAUUAUUGCUGAUGCACUUAAUCAUCUCACUCCUCAAAAAGUAAACAUCUUUCUCUUAUCUCCUGCCUAUGAGGAAAUAUGUGACUUGAAGGAAAAAUGGUUUGGGACAAGAUACUGUGCCUCAGACAUUGAUGAAUACUGGAGAAAACUGUGGGCCACUGAUUUUGAGUUAAAUCCAGAUUUCCACCUCCCAAAAGAAAAUAAAUACAUAGCCACAGAUUUCUCUGUGAAGCCAUUCAGCAAACGUGCCAAAGAAUAUCCCCAAAAGAUAUUUGAUACACGUCAAGGAUGCCUUUGGUACAAGGAAGACAACAAAUUUGGUGUCCCCAAAGCAUUUAUCUGUUUCUAUCUGGUGUCUCCAUUGAUACAACAGUCUGCAUUGAAUAUGGUCCUUUUUGAUGCUUUUGUAAACAUUCUCACCCACAACCUUGCUGAGCCAGCCUAUGAAGCAGAUGUUGCCCAGUUGGAAUACAAAGUUCUAACUAAAGAGCAUGGUCUCACCAUUCGAGUGAAAGGCUUCAAUCAUAAGUUGCCUCUGCUCUUUCAACUUGUCAUUGACCACUUGGCUGACCUUAGUAUCACACCUUCAACUUUCCAGGUUAUAAUGGAGCAGCUUAAAAAGACGUAUUUUAAUUAUCUCAUCAAAACAGAUACACUGGCAAAAGAUCUGCGACUCUCAAUACUGGAACAUGGCAGAUGGUCUUUAAUAGAGAAAUAUCAGACCAUUACAGAUGGCAUUACCUUAGAAUCUUUACUGGAAUUUGUGAAAGCUUUCAAGUCACAUUUGUGGGUAGAGGGUCUUGUUCAAGGAAACUUUACGGCUCAAGAAUCAAGGAAAUUUAUGGAUUAUAUUGCAGAAAAACUACACUUUCUUCCUCUAAUACACCCAUGUCCUAUUCAGUAUCGGGUGGUAGAACUGCCAAAUGCUCACAUCCUGUGUAAAGUGAAAACCUUUCACAAAGGUGAUCCAAACUCUAUUGUCACCACCUACUACCAGACUGGUGCAAAGAAUUUAAGAGACUAUGCACUCACGGAAUUGCUUGUGAUGCACAUGGAGGAGCCAUGCUUUGACUUCUUGAGAACCAAGAAUACCCUUGGCUACCAUGUCUACCCUUCCAUAAGAAAUACAUCUGGGAUCCUGGGUUUCUCUGUUACCGUAACAACACAGGCAACCAAAUAUAACACUGAACUAGUUGACAGAAAAAUAGAAGAAUUUCUGAUGUACUUUGAAGGAAGACUCCGAAGCUUAACUGAAGAAGAAUUUCUUGCUCAGGUUUCAGCUCUAAUCAAACUUAAGCAAACUGAUGACGCCCAUCUUGGUGAAGAGGUGGAGAGGAACUGGAAUGAAGUGAUUACCCAACAAUAUUUGUUUGACAGACUGGCCCGAGAGAUUGUAGCACUGAAGAGCCUUACUAGAACACAUUUACUGAACUGGUUCUUAAUGGCCAGGAGGAAGCACAGAAGAAUCUUAAGCACCCAUGUGGUUGGCUAUGGUAAACAGGAAGGAGAUACACAAGUUCCACAUGCUGCCAUUUCUCAGGAAUCUUUAUUUGGAAAAACACCUGAACUAACAUUUUUACCCUCUUCUCUUCAGUUGAAUCUUCCUUCUGUCAUGGAUAUCCGAGCUUUUACCUCAACUCUUAACCUUCUUCCAUACCACAAGAUAUUGAAAUAA